CAAGAAUGAACCCCCAUCCGUUGUGGUGCCUGCUGGCAAAUCUUCCCCAAGCUGCCACACAGUCCGUUCAGGUUCGCAUCGAACGCAGUAGCGGUAAAAUCCGGUUUGGUUCCCUCAAUUAGCGUCCACCCAGGGCAUUCGUUGUGCUAGUUCGACAACAUUCACGGUUGGUUUGAAAGCGACUCCCAGCGAUCGAAUUCGGCCAUAUUUUCCAUCCAAAUCAUUUUCAUUCCUCGCACACGAGCGAUAUUGAUAUCGCACUGGGUACGUGAACAAGUGGCGCAAUUAGUAAAGCUUCUCGGUGGCCGCGUUGGUUUGUGUAUGUUCGGAAAGCUGGUAACAAAUGAUUUCCAGCGUGCUUCGGAGCGAAUCCUAGUGAACGCCAACACCAGUUCUAAAGUCCAGUGCUCGCCAACGUGAUAACGUUUUUGCAUCUUUUGUGUACAUUCAAGUGUUGUACCAACGUUUAUUUGAAAACAAACGCCAACCGUUACGACCAUGGCCGAUGAAUUCGAUGCUUGCGAAUGCUUCUGGAGCCAUGAAAUCGCUAUGCGGCGGCUGCUGUCUUUGCUCCGUCAUGGACAGUCGUACUGCAACGACAGUGAUUGUACGGAUCUUCCGAAUCUCCCGGGUUCCAAUGGUGGUACGAACUUUUUUCUCGUCAUCAUGGCGUUGAUUUUCAUGGCCGUCAUGUACGUGAUGCGGCCCCAAUCGCUGCGAAGACGAAACGAUCUCAGCAAAGCGUUACCGCCUCCGUCGAACGAUGGUCCCAACAACGAUGGUGCUCCUCCGUCAGUAUCCUGAAAAAAUCGAAAAACCAUCCGUGAUAUAAACGCUCAAAUCCGUAAAACACUACGUCAUUCGGCAAAAGUGCUCGUGGUGCUUCCCAAACAUCACCAAUCGGCCGUGUUACAGCCUGUUUUCCUUAUUUCUUGAUCACUGUUUGAAGUUGUUAGAUGAACCGUCGUGUUCAUAUUCCCAAUCGCAUUUCCCCUUUUGUUUGCUUCCAUUCAGUGGUUCAAUUGAUGAAAUUGAAGAUCCGUCUUAAACACGACCUCUUAAAAGAUUCUGACAACGGGUAGCAAUAAGUAUUUUCUUUGAUAACUUGAUUCUAUUCUCCGUUAAUUAUCCGUUCUUUUGCAAUAAAAUGGAAUUUCCUCAGAUUCAACAGCAACCAAAUCUAGAAAAGACAGUUCUCUAUUCAAUUAGCACGUAAAGAACAUUGUUACAUUACAGGUUUACGAUCAAGUUGGAUUUAGCAACCCCAGAUCGCUUGUAUUUCUGUUUAUUCUGUUUGACAUUCAGUGGGCGGUUGUAACUCCUAGCUCUAGGAUGACCAGUUAUUUUACUUUGUGUUGAAUUUGUUUGCAUUUCUGCUAAAUAACCGAUAGUAUUUACGAGGAAAAGAAAAGAAUUUUUCCAAAAUAAAGUAAAAAAUUUAAAUCCGGUACAAAAGGAGAGGUCUAGCUAAUUGUUUCCUUACAGAAGGAGUAUAGAUUAGCGUUUUGUACCCUGCAAUGGGUAAAUAAAAACAAACAAGUACUAAGCGGAACAGCU